CACGCGGCCGCCACGGGCCGGUCCCGGGAAAGGGGCUAGGCAGCCGGACACCGGCGCAGCCCUCCAGCCCCAGCUCUCGGCCUUGGUUGGAGCGACCCCAGCAGAGGCCCGACCCCCAUGGGCCCAGUGGCCGGAUCCGCCCUGUGGCGGCGCCGCUCUGGCUGUGCGACUCCAACUGCCCUUUCUACCACUGACCCCGAGGAGACCUCGCCCUCCUCCCGCCCCCGCUUCCCGAAUGAAAAGCCGAUGAAAGGGACAAGGGGCGGCAAGGAAAGCACGGUUUGAAAAGCCUGGUGUGCGGGAAAAUUGGGAUUACCCUGACAUGGCUAAGGAGGCAGGUCAGAAGGCUUUAGCUGAUGCAGGUGUUCCUUACUCAGCAGUGGAGCAGGCAUGUGUGGGCUAUGUUUACGGUGACUCAACAUGUGGUCAACGGGCUAUCUACCACAGUUUGGGAUUAACUGGCAUUCCUAUCAUUAAUGUUAACAACAACUGUUCCACUGGAUCCACUGCUUUGUUCAUGGCCCGGCAAGUGAUCCAGGGAGGUUUGGCAAAUUGUGCUUUGGCUCUUGGCUUUGAGAAGAUGGAAAGAGGGUCCCUUGAAGUUAAAUUCACAAACAGGACAAAUCCAGUGGAUAAACAUAUGGAAGUGAUGAUAAACAAAUAUGGCUUGUCUGCAGCUCCAGUAGCACCACAGUUUUUUGGAAAUGCUGGAAAAGAACAUAUGGAGAAAUAUGGGACAAAACAAGAACACUUUGCAAAAAUUGCAUGGAAGAAUCAUAGCCAUUCAACUAACAACCCGUUUUCCCAGUUCCAAAAGAAGUACAGUUUAGAUCAAGUGUUGCAGUCUCGGAAAAUUUAUGAUUUUUUGACUGUUUUACAGUGCUGCCCAACAUCUGAUGGAGCUGCAGCUGUGGUUUUAACUAACGAGGAGUUUGUGAGAAAACAUGGAUUGGAGUCAAAAGCGGUGGAAAUUGUGGCCCAAGAGAUGGUCACUGAUCUUUCAAGUACAUUUGAGGAGAAUAGUUGUAUUAAGGUGGUUGGCUAUGAUAUGAGUAAAGAAGCUGCGAAAAGAUGUUUUUCCAAAGCAGGUCUGAAACCUACGGAUGUGGAUGUGAUUGAACUACAUGAUUGUUUCUCAUCUAGCGAGCUCAUUACUUAUGAAGCUUUAGGACUUUGUCCUGAAGGAGGAGCUGGGGAGCUGAUUGAUAGAGGAGACAAUACUUAUGGUGGAAAAUGGGUGGUAAACCCCAGUGGUGGUUUGAUUUCUAAAGGACACCCAUUGGGUGCCACAGGUCUGGCUCAGUGUGCUGAACUCUGCUGGCAGCUAAGAGGGGAAGCUGGGAAGAGACAAGUUCCUGGUGCAAAGGUUGCUCUGCAACAUAACAUAGGCCUUGGUGGAGCUGUAGUUGUAACAUUAUACAGAAUGGGUUUUCCUGAAGCUGUAAGCAGCCAGCGCAUCCAGGCUAUUCCCACCAGGGCAACUGUUGAUGGAUUUAAGGCCCAUCUUGUCUUCAAAGAGAUUGAAAAGAAACUUGAAGAGGAAGGAGAACAUUUUGUCAAGAAAAUUGGUGGUAUCUUUGCCUUCAAAGUAAAAGAUGGUCCUGAUGGUAAAGAAGCAACCUGGAUAGUAGAUGUGAAAAAUGGUAAAGGCUCUGUAGAUAUUAAUUCAGAUAAGAAAGCUGACUGUACAAUUACAAUGGCUGAUUCUGACUUGUUGGCUUUAAUGACUGGCAAAAUAAAUCCACAGACAGCUUUCUUUCAAGGUAAAUUGAAGGUUUCUGGGAACAUGGGCAUGGCUAUGAAGCUUCAGAGCCUACAGCUUCAGCCAGGCAAAGCUAAACUUUGAAUUCAUUUGACUGCACUUCACACACAAGACUUGAUAUAUAUGUUUGUCAAAAUCCAGAGUGGAACUAGACAUUGAAAGUAACAGUGGUACACGUUUUUCUAAAUUUGGGUAAUCGAAUCCAUCUUUCCUAAACUUAACAGAGCGUUAGUAGAGAUUUAAGUACUGUCUUGCUGAACUCCAUAUAUCUGUCUAGUGCAAAGUGAAUGUAGUAAUUGUGACUUCAAACUAAACUGAGGCAUUCAUGGUUAUAAACAGUAUAAUGCAAGGAAUUAGAUAAAUAAAAUUUGAUGGUAACCAGUCUGAAUUAUUUUUAAAAGCCUUAUGUAUUUUUAAUGAGAAAGGUCACUUUGGUGUCACUGAACUUAAAUCUAACAAAUUGGUUCUUUAAUUAAAAUUAUUUUAUGAGAGGGAUCUCUACAGCUACGUAACUCUUUUUAAACUCCUAGGAAUCUGCUUUUAAAAUAUUUUCCAUACUACUGCUUUGGAAAUUU